AUGGAAACAAACUUGAUUCGUGGUGUCUCAGAUUCUUGUUACUUGCAGAAAUUCAGACUCUAUGAAACUCGCUCGAAUUUUUAUAUGAUUGGAAGAGACAAGAACAGAACCUUUUGGAGAGUGUUAAAGAUUGAUCGAUUAGAGCCAUCUGAACUCAUUGUUCUUGAAGAUUCUACAACAUAUUCAGAAAUGGAAUGCUGUGACCUGCUGAGGCGAAUACAUGAAGGCAACAAGUCAACGGGUGGACUUAAAUUUGUCACCAUUUGUUACGGAAUUGUUGGGUUUGUUAAAUUUUUGGGACCCUAUUACAUGCUGCUGAUUACAAAAAGAAGGAAGAUCGGUGCAAUUUGUGGCCAUACAAUUUAUGCUAUAACCAAGAGCGAGAUGAUUCCUAUUCCAAAUUCUGCUGUGCGGUCCAAUAUGACUAAUUCUAAGAACGAGAACAGAUACAAGAAGCUCCUAUGCACGGUGGAUCUUACAAGGGACUUCUUUUUCAGCUACUCCUACCAUGUCAUGCAUAGUCUUCAGAAGAAUUUGUCUCAUAAAGAGACGGCCCAACUUCACUAUGAAUCAAUGUUUGUUUGGAAUGAAUUCUUAACUCGAGGAAUUCGAAAUAACCUCAGGAAUAGUCUAUGGACGGUGGCAUUAGUAUAUGGCUUCUUUAAACAGGUCAAACUUUCAGUAUCUGACAGGGACUUUAAGCUGGUUCUCAUUGCUAGACGAUCACGACAUUAUGCUGGCACAAGAUAUUUAAAACGAGGCGUGAAUGAGAAGGGUAGAGUUGCAAAUGAUGUUGAGACAGAACAAAUUGUGUUUGAAGAUGUUCCUGAAGAACAGCCAGUGCAAAUAAGUUCUGUUGUGCAGAAUCGGGGUUCAAUUCCACUUUUCUGGUCUCAGGAAACUUCACGAUUGAAUCUUAAACCUGACAUUAUGUUAUCAAGGAAGGACCAAAAUUUUGAGGCAACAAAACUGCAUUUUGAAAAUCUCGUCAAGAGAUAUGGAAAUCCGAUAAUUAUUUUGAAUUUAAUAAAGUCGCGUGAAAAGAAGCCUCGGGAAACCAUACUUCGUGCUGAGUUUGCAAAUGCCAUCAGAUUUAUCAAUAAAAGUUUAUCAGAGGAGAAUCGCUUAAAGUUCCUACACUGGGAUUUGCAUAAACAUUCUAGAAAAGCUACAAAUGUCUUAGCACUUCUAGGAAGAGUUGCUGCCUAUGCAUUGAAUUUAACUGGGAUCUUUUAUUGUCAAGUCAUGCCAAGUUCAAGUUCCAAGGGAUUGCUAGAUGGGUCCUGCUUUGAGGAAUACGAUGGUGACUGUUCUCCUGAAGAAAAUGGCAACAUCAGCAAGUUGGAUUCAGAAAUUACAAAAGCUGACUGUGAUGCAAAUUUAUAUCAGAGUGUCAAGGUCCCGAUGUUCCAAAAUGGGGUUUUAAGGACCAAUUGCAUAGACUGUUUAGAUCGCACAAAUGUUGCGCAAUAUGCCUAUGGAUUGGUGGCUCUAGGACAUCAGCUGCAUGCACUUGGAUAUAUGGAAUCCACAAAUAUUGAUCUAGAUAAUCCUUUAGCGGAGAAUCUAAUGAGGAUUUAUGAAACAAUGGGUGACACACUUGCACUGCAGUAUGGUGGGUCUGCUGCUCACAACAAGAUUUUUUCUGAGAGAAGAGGCCAGUGGAAAGCAGCAACUCACUCCCAGGAAUUCUUUAGAACUCUACAACGUUAUUACAGCAAUGCCUACAUGGAUGCUGAGAAACAAGAUGCUAUUAAUGUGUUCUUGGGUCAUUUCCAGCCACAGCAGGGAAAGCCAGCACUGUGGGAAUUGGAUUCAGAUCAGCAUUAUGAUGUUGGCAGGCGUGGUCCUGAUUUAGUUGAGAAUGCUAGAAAACCACCUUGGUUGGGUGGGGUUAGGGGUAACAUUACUUUGGACAAAGGGUAUGAAAGUAGUGAGUCACUUGUAUCAGCCGCUGAUGUUGGAUACAGUAGGCCUUUAUAUGAAAAGGAGGGAGGAGGAGUUAAUAAGGGUCUUUCAGACUCAACUCCAGAAAUGUCAACUUGUGAAAGUGACAUAUCAGAUUCCAGGUACACUCCCUCAUUGCCUUGCAGGAAGCUUUUUAAAGAUGUGGAGGAAUACCAAUAUUUUGAAAGUGAUCAUGUUUGUUAUGACGAACAUGGGGAUGCUUGUAGCUGCUCAAAUUUCCUCGAUAUGGACUGGCUUUCUUCAUCUGGGAAUUCGUGUGAAGAUCUAUGUGAUAGGUCUAGUGCUGGCCUAUCAUCUGAGAAUCUUGCAAAUGAUAUGAAAAUAGAAACCACCACAUCUGCUAGUGAGUCUGGUUCUAGCUUGAAGGGAAGAAGUCAAACUGGGACUGAUCUUUCUUCUGAUGACCUUAUGGGUGGAUUUUCAGACCGCUUCAUGCGGUGGGUAAUGCACGGGGAGAUGCUCUCUCAUUGA